AUGGCACCACCCAAAAAAGUCGCCGGUAAAAAACAAGCCGAAACAAUUAACCAACGUCUUCAGUUGGUUAUGAAAUCUGGUAAAUAUGUACUUGGCUAUCGUCAAACAUUAAAAGCAUUACGAAAUGGCCAAGCUAAAUUAAUUCUUGUGUCAGCUAAUACACCACAAAUAAGAAAAAGUGAAAUUGAAUAUUAUGCAAUGUUAGCUAAAACUGGUGUGCAUCAUUACACUGGAAAUAACAUUGAAUUAGGAACUGCUUGUGGCAAAUAUUUUCGAGUGGGACUAUUAGCAAUUACCGAUCCAGGUGAUUCGGAUAUUAUUCGAACAGUACCUGGUGAGCAACAAACAGCAAUUUCUACAUCAUAA